AUGGCGAGGAGGACUGCUGCUGAACAUGGAUCGCCGGCGUGGGUUUGCUGCGUUGAAGUCGAACGGAGGCCCGCCAGAAAAGAAGACGAGCCUGCUCCGAGAACAAGUCAGUCGGACAGAGCUCGAGCCUCGGGCCUCUCGGAAUUUGCCGCCGCUGGAUGGAUUCUCCAUCAGUCGCCUGAAGUCGGCCUCUCAGAAAUUCGCUCUCGUCGUGGCUGCCUGGGGAGGGCUGACGAGGGGUCGGAUGAACGGACGGAAGCUGCUGCUCAUCACGGCGGGCCGCUGUUGCUGUUCGGAGAUGGAGUCGCGCGGCUAUGGUGGAUUGACGGAAAGCUAAGAUUGGCGAUUGGAAGCUGGGAUCUGCGUCUGCUCGCGAGUUUGCCGGCGAAGAAAGACACGAAGGCGUGCGGCGUCAUUGGAGGAAAUCGGCAGUCCUCGGCAACUUUCGGUCGGAGCUUGCCUUUGCCGAGAAGAGGGAGAGGUGAUGGGAAAUUUUUAAAGAAGAAGGAGAUGAGGAGCGGCUGA